AUGUCCGGCACACCACUAUCCGACAAGGACGUUAACGCCAGCAUGUCGGUCAACGAAAAGACUCUCGACGUUGAGAAGCCCGGCGUCAAGAGCAUGGAGUACCACCGUCAGGUUCUAGCCUCCAAGAUGGAGGAGGAGAAGACCAAGACGUACAUUUCGCCCUCGGACAACAUCAUGAGCCCGUGUACCGCCAAGCUGAAUGCUUACCGCAACAAGCAGGUCGGAAAGGCCAAGCCGAAAUCUCUCUUUGCUCAAGCCUCGUCUAGAAAGCUGGGCGGCAGCAGCGACGGCGGCCUUUUUGGCUCGUCCAAGUCGGUCCCCAAGACGGCCACUCCGCAGGAGGCCUAG